AUGAGACUGAGCGCCUGGUCGCUCCUGGCCAGCGCUGCGGCUCUGGUCAGGGCGAAGGAGAAUUCCGAUGCCAACAAGUCUGUGUCCCAGGGCACUGUUUUCGACCUCAAACCUGUCCCGCCCCUACUGGAGUUGUCGCCAGCAAAUUGGAAUGACGAGGUCAAUAAGACCACAUGGCUCAUAGUCAAAAACUACAGCCCUUACUGUCAUCAUUGCCAGGCUUUUGCUCCCACUUUCCAGACUCUGUACGAGUUCUAUUACACCUCCAGCACCAGCGAUGGAUCAAGCUUUGAGACAUUUUACGACUUCCGAUUCGGCAUGCUCGACUGCACCUUGUAUGGAGACCUCUGCAACGACCACGAUGUCUUGUCAUUUCCCACAACAAUUCUAUUUCGGAAUGGCCAAAAGUUUGACCAGGUUGUGGGCGCCAAAGAUAUGGACGUGGUCAGUGCAAUGAUCGAAAAGGGCCUCGAGAAGCAACAACCAGGGUCCCGACCCAAGCCUUUGGUGCUACCUAAAGCUGGUGACAAGGAAUCACCCAAGGCUAAAACCGGUGAUUCCACCAAAAAGGCGCCUGCGGAAACAGGUACAUCGAUCGACAAGGCGAGCAAGGAGACGUCAGGAAAAGAGGCUUCCAAGGACAAGGGCACGUCAGGAAAGGAGACUCCCAAGAAGAGCAACGCCAAGGCCUCUCAGAAGCCGUUUGGCAGUGGCUGGAAGGUCCCUACAGCUGGAGAGUUGGAGAAGCAGAAAAAACCCAAGAAGCCAACAGUUACGCCAAACGAAGAAGGUGUGUCGGUUUCUCUGACGGCGGAAAGCUUUCAAAAACUGGUGACGCAAACUCAGGAUGCAUGGUUCAUCAAACUGUAUGCACCUUGGUGCUCACACUGCCAAGCCAUGGGGCCAACCUGGCAGCAACUAGCCAAGACUAUGCGAGGAAAGCUCAACAUUGGCGAAGUCAACUGCGACAAGGAGACGCGCCUUUGCAAAGAUGUGCAAGUUGCUGCAUAUCCUACACUCAUAUUCUUCAAAGGCGGCGAAAGAGCCGAAUACAACGGUCUUCGCGGACUGGGCGACUUUGUUCAAUUCGCAGACAAGGCUGUUGAUCUGGCUGGCGGCGUACCCGACGUCAACGCGACAUCUUUCAAAGCAUUGGAAGAGAAGGAAGACGUAAUUUUUGUCUACUUUUACGACCAUGCCACCACCAGCGAGGACUUUGAGGCCCUGAGAAGGAUCCCUCUCAGCCUCAUCGGCCAUGCAAAACUCGUCAAGACAAACGACCCCGAGCUGUACAAGCGUUUUAGAAUCACCACCUGGCCACGUCUGUUGGUGUCCCGGGAAGGCAGACCCACGUAUUACCCGCCGAUCACGCCCGACGAAAUGCGCGAUAAGAAUGCGGUACUGGAGUGGAUGCGGUCGGUGUGGUUGCCUCUUGUGCCCGAGGUAAAUCCCUCCAACGCGCGGCAGAUUUUCAACGGCAAGAUUGUUGUCCUGGGAAUUUUGAGUCAUGUGGACCAGAAUGCCUUUUCCGGAUCCCUGCGCGAGAUGAAGACGGCUGCCAACGAAUGGAUGGACAGACAGAUUCAGGAAUUCCAGCUGGAGCGAAAGAAGCUGAGAGACUCGAAGCAAAUGAGAAUCGAAGAGGCCGAAGACCGUGAAGAUCAACGUGCGCUUCGCGCCGCCAAGGCUAUUCGCGUCGAUAUGAACAACUCUGGCCGUAAGGAGGUUGGUUUCGCGUGGGUUGACGGUGCUUAUUGGCAACGGUGGAUUCGACAGACGUAUGGGAUUGACGUCAAGGACGGUGAGAAGAUAAUCAUCAACGAUGAAGAUAACCGCCGAUACUGGGAUCAGACCGUGACUGGCAACUACAUCAUGGUCAGUCGGACGUCGAUUAUGGAGACUUUGGACAAGAUUGUCUACGGACCUCAUGUUAUCAAGCACAAACUCACAGUGUCUACCGUGGAGAAGGUCUUGCUGGACAUCAAGUCGGCGUUUGUUGAACACCCAUACCUGUCCCUGGGGUGCGUGAUAGGGAUGGGUUUUGGCACCUUGUCAUGGCUCCGCGGCCGUUCCCGCCUCGGGCGCGGCGGGCAUUUCAGACUGGACAAUACCAUGGGAGGAAUCAAGGAACUUAGGGGGGGCCUCCUGGGAGCGAAUGGGAACCCGAAUACCAAGGCUGAUUAG